CAAAAACUCAACACCACACCUUAUAUACCCACGUUACAAAGCCGGUUUUGACCUUUCAAUGCUUCUCACUACGUAAAAGCUCAAGCCAACCUCAUAUAAAAUAUCUUCUUCCUGUAUAGCCAACAUGCCAGAACCCCGCUUCUCCGAUCUGAUCCUCCCUCAAAAUGAACAACUCUCCAUGUCCCAACUCAUGGCGUCUUUCAAACGCACCACACUUACAAUCCACAACCGUCUGACUAGCAUCCAAACCGAUGCAACCUUUGUGGACCUAGUGUCUCAAGCAUAUAGUCCGCGACCACUUGUGGCUAAUGAACGUUGUGGGAGUUGGUAUAUUCCGCCUGAGCGUAAAGGUGCAAGUGCGUAUUUUAAGAGUACGGAUGGUCAUGAGAGGGCGUGGAAAUUUAGCACUAGGAGGUUGAACUUGCAUCUGGUUGAGCUUAUUGAGAAUAAUGAUGGUAUCAUAAUCGUCGACUCUACUCGCCGUGGAAAGCGGAUGCCUGAUGCCCUUUCAUCGACGAUUCCUAUCUGGUGCACAAUCCUCAACCUCACUCUUCUCCCCUCAAACCCAUCCUCAGCAAAUCUCUAUCUGCCAGCUCAUCUCCCCGCAACAACGCACUCCCAAAUAUGCGCACUCAUCCCUGGAUUCGUUGCUUCCUUCAAGGCACUCAAUCUCAAUCUUCCAACAUGUCUGACAAAACCACUCCGCCCAUUCUGGGUAACCCCAGACUCAUCUCUUCCUUCUGUCGAAGACACAUCCUCCAUAUUUGACGACUUCCGCCCCGUCAUCUGCUGCACGGCUAGUCGCCGAGUUGUAGGCAGCGAGAUGGACGAGGGAGGAUAUAUACAAGGUGCGGCUGACGAUACUGAGAUGUGGGCGCAUGAUCUUACAGCGCCUUUGUUUUGGGAGAAUAUUGAUGAGCUUCUCAAGACGCCAGAGGCUGAACUGCCAGAUCUGAUCUCCAGACUAGUCAGCGACCAUGCUGUUAGCAAGAAGGACGAAGGAACACAGAUAAAGCUGACACCACACCUUUCAGUUUGCCCUUUACCACUUCCCGCCAACCCCUCGGAGUGUCGCAUUGUCGUAACUCAAGACACCACACCAAAAGAUAACUGGAUAAAAUCCAAGACUUACAUGCAGGCCGGCCUUGGCAAAAACAAGCUGGCUAGUCGCAACCUUCGCACUUCUCUACCUGAAAUAUGCGACUUUGCUGCUAAAUAUCUUGCCUCAGCCACAGAGCCUAAUCAGCAACAAAUCAUAGUCGCAUGCGAAUCAGGGCGAGAUCUGUCAGUCGGCGUAGCUCUCGCGAUAUCAUGCUACCUAUUUGAUGACGGCGGGAACAUCAGAAAAUCAACAGAAGACGUCUCAUUUACAAAGACGUUCAUAAAGUCGAGAUUGGGUGUCAUCAUGACAGCUUACCCGGGCGCCAAUCCCAGCCGGGCCACUCUACAGAGUGUCAACAGCUUUUUAAUGGACUGGCGAAAAUGAUGCAGUUCAUAUAGAAUAUAUAUUCGGGAUCAACAAAUCAAUCAUGAGACAAUACGACCUGUGUCUGAGACAAUAAGCUGUAUUGUGUCUCAGU